GUGGCGCGCUACACCGACUGGCCCUAGGCACUAGUGACAACAAGGAUCUGGACGUACGCCUUAACUUCAUCGGGUGCCACAUGAGCUGCACAUAUUGCAAUAAAACACUCUACCUCGACCCUGAAGACAUCAGCGCCUAUGGCAUCGGCUCGGGCCGGCUCACGCUAAGCAAUUUGCUGAGUUUGGCUUCCUUGAGCUUCCUUAAGAGCUGUCCCGUGGCCAACCUGCGUUUCAUUGACGUCUCCGACAUACCUCGCUUCGAUUUCAAGGCACUCGCCAGUGCCGUGCACCACAGCAAUACUCUUCGUUCCCUGGUCGUUAAGCUUAAAGCCAUCGAUUGUGCCACAGAGUACCUCACGACGUGUCUGUGUCCUGUCAAGUCACUUGAACGCGUAUGCCUCCUGUCCAAGACGGAGCUGCUGACUUCCAACGCGGAACGGACAGUGGAAGUUAUGGCAGGCCAGCUACCAUCCAUCUUGUACGUGCACAUCCACUGUGCGGACUCGGAAACGGGCAGGGACACCAGGCGUGACUUGGAUGCGCUUGCGCGAAGGCCACGCGGGGACUCACUCUCGUCGAGGAAAAGUGAUGUUGGGGAAGCCAUGCAUCAUGUGCUCCACCCAGACGUUCAUAGCCCUCGUAAAGCCAUGCCGCCGUGACCUGUAGACAGUGCUGCGGUCAACGAGCCUGUGUGGUCAUUGCCAGACCAGCAGCUCAGUAGUGCUAUAACGUCAUUUCUAUCUGCCAAGUGUAACAGGAACUGCCGUAGACAAGAAACUGUGUCCUUCGCGAUGCCAUAGUUAACCUUACUAACUUUUCUCCGAGAGUCUUUCAGCUAAACAUCGUUUUCAUUUUAUCAUCGAGAUUGACGGCUGUUAUUGGCAUACAUUUUUUUACCUAAUGAUUCAGUUUCAUGUUUUCUUCGAUGGCAUGCGUGGUUAUCCCGGCGUUUACACACAUUAUACGUGUUUCACGUAGAAAUAGAAAAUUGGCGCCU